AUGUCUGAAAUGUAUAAGGAUUUUAUACAGCCUACUCUGGGCUAUUUGAAUUCGUUACGCCAUUCCAAGUCAACUGGGCCUUCAAUUUUGAGCGCCCCAUCUCACGAGAGCGAUGUUGGCCAGAGCGACAGCGACCAAAGCUUUUUGUGUGACAGGGGCACAGGUCCGAAGUUGCAUAGAGCAUCUCCGACUUCAACACCUGGCGAUCUGUUCGACCCAUAUCGGCUAGAUUGUGAGCAGGCUCCAUUUAAAAAGGGUUCAGCGGAUUGUGAUACUAUUGGCGACAUCUCUGAUGGAGGUAGCGUCAUCCGCUAUUCGUUGAACUCCUCAAUGACACACUCAUACGCACAUGAUAACAGCCGAAAGAUGGAAUCACUCACCGCGACGGCAACCAAUGAAAACAAUGAACUGACACUGAAAUUACUCAAUGCCUACCUCUCAUUGUAUGUGGCUGACGCCAGGUAUGCUCAGGACAACGGCUGCGCGGAGUACAGCGUUGAAGCAAAUCAAAUAUCCUCUCCCCAAGAAAUCAUUGGCACUAUUCCUGAAUCUAUUGGCCCACUAACCGACAUCAUCGGAUUUGUCGAUCUUACCUCUCAGACGUUAUUCAAAUUUGUCACUAAUAGCGGCUUCCUACAAAAUUGUAAUGCCAAUAGUUGGGACCAAACUGAGCUCUGUGAGCUCAAAAAUCAUAUCUCCGCAAUUCUUGAAUGUUUGAUAUUAGAGUAUGCACCACAGGAGCAGCAGCCGUUAUUUGAAAAGUUCGAAAAGUCGCUGGCCCUGCUGAAAAGAACAAGAUUUGACACUCGUUGCUGGAAGCAAACGAGAUCUCUUCAAAAGCUUCAUGGAGAUGACUGGAUUUUAGAGAAACUUGAAACACUCAAGUUUGUUCCCCGAACAUUACUCGACGCCUUAAACUUCGAUGUCAUUAUGCCUCAAGAUGCAAGCCCUUUCAGCAAAAGCCGUAAGGGAGAUAUUGAGACUUUGGAAGUAUUUACGACACUCUACGCCAUAUUAUUACUGGAAAUCAAAAAGCUCUUCGAGCUUGUUGUUUUAUUUGCUCAAACAGCCGGCAUUAUAAAAGAUCUAGAAUGCCCACUUUUGCUGGGCUGUCUCGAAGGUUUUUUGAGAAACUCCGUGGUUAGUGGAAACACAGAGCUUGUUGUCGGCCUCGACAAACUAGUUCAAAAUUGGACCCAUUCCUGUGAAUCGUUUAAAACCAAAACAGUGCAUUGGGCCAACCAUUUUCUUAGCCAGUGGAAGGUUGCGCGUCCAGAAACCAUAUGCGAAACAACAUUUUAUAGUAGAAGAUCUUUGGAGCAAGCGUCACAAAAUCCCAAGAGCUAUGAGUUUGACCUUGUUCAUUUGUUUAUCAACGAAGUCAUGGACAUUUGCGCACUUGAUAGCCUUAACACUGAAGUUUUGGAAGCAACAACUGUGAAAGAAAAAGCGUCAGCAAGCGGGCUCGGUUGGCUUACAAUUUUUCAGGACGAGGAUCCUCAUGCGAAUCCAUCUACUAUUCAGACUCGUACCAUUGAAACUUCAGCGAGUAACGACUUUUUCCGGUAUCAAAACAAUUACUCACUGAUUGAGGACGAAACCACUAUUAUUAUUGGUGGGCAAGGUCAUUUCUGGACACGAGGCCGCCGAAAUCACGAACACCGCCACACGCAGCAGCUGAGGAACUGGAUUAGACGGGGGUUCCACUCUAAUGAUGUCGGGGCAAAGCAUCAAAUCCUGAACAAGUGUCAACGCGCGAAGAACAAAUUGAAGGAUCUGGCGCAGAAGCUUUCAAAAAGUGAGGGCCCGCAGAGUCAACUUCGCAACAACAAGGUUGCACCAGGAAAGGAGCCUACGCAGGUCUUGAAAUCAGAGUGGCAUAGAAACGCAGGCACAGUCAGAGUUGCUGCAAAGGGUGCAGUCAUUGACAACAAAAACAACAAUCAAAAGUCUGUAACAGAGGAGCGUAAUCACAACUCUUACUACCACAUAGCCGCCUUCCACGGGGCUUUCGAGGCUACCACUUACAGCGACCAUUACGAACACCGCCCCCGCCGCUACGAGAAUCUAAGAAGGAAAAAGGACCGCUUCAUGUUUUUAUUCUUUGGCGAAGAGAGAUAA